AUGACAUUUAUCGUCGAAGGUAUUCCUACCCGGGAUAGCAAGGGCAACCCUUACAUCCGGCAAGACAUCGACAAGUGGUAUGCGGAUCAGGUCGAAGCCAAAAAAGGCGACCGAAUCCAGCUCACCCUCUUUGUGGAAGCACUGGCUCUGAUGCAGAAGCGCCCUCUGGAUAAUCAGCUGUCUUACUUUCGUCUGGCUGCCAUACAUUCUGCCCCAUGGUGCAAAUGGGACGAUGUCCCGCAACCGCCAGUUCUUGAUCCGAAGGGAAUUGCGGGCUAUUGUGUCCACAAUAACUACACGUUUCCCACAUGGCAUCGGGUGUACAUGCUUCUCUACGAGCGCGCUCUGUACGAAGCCAUGGAUGACUGGAUCAAAGGAAAUGUCCCAAAGAAACUUCAACCAGAUUGGAAGGGAAAAGCUGAUAAGUGGCGCCUUCCAUACUGGGACUUUGCUCGAUUUGCGGAUCGAGAUGAAUCGACUAAUGGUGCCUUUGUGAACGACAUCGAUCACGACAGGAUCAGAUUGCCCAUUCUCUGUAUGUUGCCAAAUGUGCGGAUUAACGUUUUCGGCACAGACGGGAAGCUAUCCAUUGAGUCUCGACCAAACCCUCUCUACAAAUACGUGACUCCCAAAUUGAUGGGCGAGUUUCCUGCACCAUAUACGAUUCCUAAGGAGACAAGUCCUAAGCAAGCAGACGAUCAUGAUUCAGUCGAGUUUAAGUUCCCGUGGGAUAUGUGUAAUGCCACUACCAAGUACGGGCUUCUUGAUGGGUUCAAUGAAGAAAUUUGGGCCGACGGAGGCCAGAAUUGGUUCCGAGCCAACUACGCCUUAAAUGAACAUCCAUACUACAAGUCUCCAGACCCCGGCGAGACGACCGUUCCUACGCUACAGGAACUGGUCCACAGGUUAUUCCAGUCUGGCCUAGACAGCUGGGGCGAAUUUUCCUCCACCCGCUACACCGAUAAAGAGGUCGGCCCAUACCCACCGAAGGGUGUUGACCCCAAGUCGGCGAUCAAUGCGAAGAACGCAAUGAACCUUGAAUUUAUCCAUAACAAUGUCCACAACUUUGUUGGAGGCUCCCAAUUUCUUCGCCCGCCCAAGGAAGGAAUCAACCUUUGGGGCGCCGGCCAUAUGAGCAGUGUAAAUAUGGCGGCUUUUGACCCCAUCUUUUAUAUUUUUCACAACAAUAUCGACCGUUUGACCGCCAUCUGGCAGGCGUUGAAUCCGAAAAAGUGGUUUGACGAUGAUUAUAGCAAGCUGACCGUAAACAACGACCUACUGCCAUUCCACAAGGAUGCGGCGGGCAACUUUUGGAAGUCGGAUGAUGUGCAAGAUUGGCGAACGCUCGGCUAUGACUUUGAAAUUCUCCAGGGACGAACCAGUGAUGAUCGGGACGAAAUCCUGGAAGAUAUUGACAAACUCUACGGACUACCGACGAGAGACCUCUUUGACAAACUUCCCGAUGUCAAUGGUCACCAAGACGAUUAUGUUAUUACUGUUGUCUAUGACAAGUACGCCUUGAAUGGUGCCGCGUACAAGAUCAAUCUCUUUUUGGACGGCCAGCAUGACUUCAAAGGACCCGAGUCGGAGGGCUUUGUUGCCAGUGUUUACAACUUCAGUGCUGAUCUAGACUCCGGUCCCUGCGGCAAUUGCCAUCGCCAGAAAGAAGAGAAUGUGAGAUGUAUUGCACAGGUUCCCGUUACCGCGCCGAUGCGCCGACAUCUGGGGAAAAACAAGAGCCACAAUAUCGAAAUAGAUGCACCGCAGCCGGUGUAUAUGGCCUGGAACAGCUGGGGAAGGCCUGUGCGACUGCCUAUCCACGUGGCCCUUCACCGAUCUUCGAGACUCUAUUACAAAUAUCCCAAUGCACCCAAUCCGCAGGAUCCUUUGAGGUAUAAGUUCAUCAAGCUUGGAAAACAAGCCCCUGAGUCUUCUUUUGCUUUUGCUGCGACAUCCUCCAGAUGA